GUUGAUGGCCACAAAAAUGAUAAAAUCCAGACGCUUCUUCUUCUUUCUAGAAAUCAUGCAACGAUCUUAAACGCAUCUGUGUAAGCUGUUACUUCAUCCAUUCGGAAUCCAAGGUUUGGCCAUGGACGUGCUGAAAUUCUCUUCUGUUCCACUCCACUUCACUGCCAAACUGAAGAAAUCCCGAUUUCUGAAGCAGUGUUUGCAGGUUAAUCUAUUGCCCUCGUUGCCUUCUUCAUCGAUUAGCCGGCAUAGUCGAAGAUUUAAGCUCCGUGCGAGCGUAUCAUCCACCAUUUCAACGGAGGAAUUUGAAUUUGCAAGUCCGUUUGAGGUUGAGGCCGAGAAUGAACGGCGAGAGGAUGAGAGGUUUGAUUGGUAUGCGCAAUGGUACCCGAUUAUGCCGAUUUGUGACCUCGACAAGAGGGUGCCGCAUGGGAAAACGGUAAUGGGGAUUGAUGUCGUGGUGUGGUGGGAUAAGAAUGAGAGUGCGUGGAAGGUGUUUGAGGAUUUGUGUCCGCAUAGAUUGGCUCCGUUGUCUGAAGGAAGGAUUGAUCAAUGGGGGAGAUUGCAAUGUGUUUAUCAUGGCUGGUGUUUUAACGGAUCUGGUGAUUGUAAGUUCAUCCCUCAGGCUCCCCCUGACGGCCCUCCGGUUCACACGUCCAAAAGGGCAUGUGUUGCUGUUUAUCCUAGCAUUGUGCAGAAUGACAUUUUAUGGUUUUGGCCAAAUAGUGAUCCCCAGUACAAGGAUAUUUUGGUGAAGAAAAAACCCCCUUACAUUCCUGAAUUGGACGAUCCGUCAUAUACUAAGUUAAUUAGUAACAGAGAUCUUCCAUAUGGGUAUGAGGUUUUGACUGAGAAUCUUAUGGACCCAGCUCAUGUCCCCUAUGCCCAUUAUGGGAUAAUGGGAAGGCAACAGCCCAAUAACAGAGAGAAAGCAGAUAGAGAAGGAGGCAAACCAAUUGAAAUAUUUAUAAAAGACUUGGAUGCGUAUGGUUUCAUCUCUAAUCAGGAACUGGGAAAUAGUCAAUUUUUUGCACCUUGUGUAUUUUACACUUCUUUUAGUUUAAGGUCUAAGAAAAGAACUCCAAAACACCAAGACAACGGAGCUCUCUUAUCAGCUGAAAACAACGCGGAAGCCCCGAACACAUCACAGAGAAAAGCAAUGCUAGUAUUUAUGUGUAUUCCCGUUAGUCCAGGUCGAAGCAGAUUAAUAUUUGUAUCUCUAAGAAAUUUUGCUAUAGGCAUUGAUCGAAUUAUUCCAAGAUGGGUCUUCCACGUGGGACAAAACCUUAUCUUAGAUUCUGAUUUGUAUCUUCUUCACGUCGAGGAGAGGAAGAUAUUGGAUGUGGGUCCUUCAAAUUGGCAGAAAGCUUGUUUUGUGCCAACCAAAUCAGACGCCAAAGUGGUUGCUUUCAGAAGGUGGUUGAACAAAUAUUCAGAUGGCCAUGUUGACUGGAGAGGCAAGUUCAGUGGCAUCCUUCCUCCAUCGCCUCCAAAGGAACAGCUGAUGGACAGGUACUGGUCUCAUGUGGUGAACUGCAGCAGCUGUAAUGGGGCAUACAAGGGUUUAAAUGCACUAGAAGUGGUGUUGCAGGUCAUCUCCAUUGCUUUGCUUGGAGUUUUUGCAGCAACAAACCAGAGUUUGGUAUCACGAACUGCUAGAAUUGUGAUGGUAGCAAUGGCUGUACUCUGCUUUGCUGCUUCAAGGUGGCUUUCUCAUUUCAUUUACAAGAACUUUCACUUCCACGAUUACAAUCAUGCCCUUAGGUGAAAUUACCAUCGUGCCCCUUUUUAAAAUGGUUUAUGUAUUUAUGAUACACACAAAUAGUGUAUAGAAAAGAAGCCUAUUUAUUUAUGUAUUUAUGAAAGAAACUAUAUUCAUAUUCAUAAUG